CGCGCCGGGGCGGGGAGGGCGCGCACGGCCAUCCGCGCUUGGGUUUGCGCUGGGCUUCAUUUUCAUUUCAUUUCAUUUAUUAUUAUUAUUAUUUUUUGGACUCUCCUUGCCUCGCUUGGACUUGUGCAAACUUUUGGAGGUUUGCUCGGGGGAGGAGGAAAAAGAAGAGGAAAGAAAGAAAGAAAGAAAGAAAAUCCCCCCGUAGGGCACGCGGGGAGCCACGGCGGGGGGUGGUGGUGUGCGACGCCCUCCCCAACCUCCCACCGUCCCGGGAUUGCGGCCGGAGCCAUGCAGAGCUACAAGUACGACAAGGCGAUCGUGCCGGAGAGCAAGAACGGAGGAGGAGGAGGAGGAGGAGGAGGAGGCCCGGCGCUCAGCAACAGCCCGCGCAAGAGCGGCAGCAAGCGGGCGCUGCUCAUCUGCCUCGAUCUCUUCUGCCUCUUCAUGGCGGCCCUGCCCUUCCUCAUCAUGGAGACGAGCACCAUCAAGCCUUACCGCAGAGGGUUUUACUGCAAUGACGAGAGCAUCAAAUACCCCCUAAAGGUCAGCGAGACCAUCAAUGACGCCGUGCUCUGUGCAGUGGGCAUCGUCAUCGCCAUCCUUGCGAUCAUCACGGGGGAGUUCUACCGGAUCUACUACCUGAAGGAGGCGACGCGGUCCACCAUCCAGAACCCCUACGUGGCUGCCCUGUACAAGCAAGUGGGCUGUUUUCUCUUCGGCUGCGCCAUCAGCCAGUCCUUCACGGACAUCGCCAAAGUGUCCAUCGGGCGCCUGCGGCCUCACUUCCUGAGUGUCUGUGACCCCGAUUUCAGCCAGAUCAACUGCUCCGAGGGCUACAUUGAAAACUACAGGUGCAGAGGGGAAGACAGCAAGGUCCAGGAGGCCAGGAAGUCCUUCUUCUCUGGCCACGCCUCCUUCUCCAUGUAUACCAUGCUGUAUCUGGUGCUAUACCUGCAAGCCCGCUUCACCUGGAGAGGAGCCCGCCUCCUCCGGCCCCUUCUGCAGUUCACCUUGAUUAUGAUGGCCUUUUAUACGGGACUGUCGCGCAUAUCUGACUAUAAGCACCACCCCGGUGAUGUCCUGGCCGGGUUUGUUCAAGGAGCCCUGGUGGCCUGCUGCAUCGUGUUCUUCGUGUCUGAUCUCUUUAAGACCAACAGGACCCUUGCUCUGCCCACACCUGCCCUGAGGAGGGAGAUCCUAUCCCCCGUGGACAUUAUCGACAGGAACAAUCACCACAACAUGGUGUAGGUGCUGAGGACCCCCCGCGAGCUGUUUGCAAAGCACCCCGACUGCUGACGGCCGGCCCGUGCUGCUCUGCGCUCUCAUCAGACAGUAGAAUGUAGGGAAAACCUUUUUUGCCCCGACUGAUUUUGAAAACUUAUUAAAAAAAAAAAGAAAAAAAGGGGAAAAAAAAAAAAACCCACCAGAAACAACAAACUCUUACCUUGUGGCCUUCCAGAAUACGGACCACCCCCCCACCCCCGCUCCACCUGCUUGAGGCUCGGCUGUGGCGUGCAGCUGUCUUAAGUGUGUAUGUCCUUGUCAGAAACGACACUGGCAUUCUGUCACCUUUCUUUUUUUGUGACCAGAGGAGUCCCAGGCCGAUGAGAAGAGCACAAAUUCAUCCCAUAGUGCCCAACACCAGGACACCCCCCCGCCCCCGUCAUCCCCUCUGCCCAUUCCUCUCUACUGUGACACUUUGGUUCAGAAAGUCCCAUUCUGUUUCAUUUUUUGAAACAGCAGCAGUUGGACGCAUUGGCUCAGCGAAGUGAGCAGAGCCUGAAUCCAAAUCCUUCAUCCCGAGGCCUUGAUGUUCCAAGGUCACCCACCACAGCGCCUCACUUCUGAGAUCACUCUUUGCAGAAGAGUAAACUUCACAAGAAGGAAAAAAAAAAAAAAAAAAAAAAAAGCACAACUUUGAAAGAAAUGGAGGGUUCAGACAACACCCCCGUGCACACACACACAAACACACACUUAUCCCCUUCUGAUGCGCUGUCCUGUGACCUCGAUCGCGGGAUGCUGAUGUCCCAUCAGGCACUUGCACAUUUAGAAUGGUUAGAUUUCCUGGGAGGGCCAGGGAUGAGCACAGGUGUGACCAGCUACCUGCUGGUGGAAAGAGACCAGGAGAUGGAGGGCAGAAUGAAAAAAAAAAAAAAGAAAGAAAGUAAAUGAAUAAAGCGAUCCAACCUUUCGGCUCCUCAAGGUCAGAGGGGGCCAGAUGUCUCCUGGCCUGAGGGGCCGGCUGCCCUCCAGGAUGCCAGAGGGGACAGACCCCUUCGUUGGAGUGGUUCUUGCUAAGCCGUGUGAAGCACUAAUAUCUUGGGGUUGAACCCCGAGACAGUUCUUGGUGGGUUCUGCUGGGCAGAACAUACAGGGAGAGGUCAGAUAUCCGCAGAGAGCUUUCCCUCAUCCUCUAUCCACAAGUGUCCUUCCGAGCUGAGUCUUACUGUAGACAGGGACCCCUUUACUGAAGCUCUGGGGAGAGGAGGGAGAGAAAGAAAUGCUUUUCAACCUCCGAUGCAAAUCUUUCAAAGGGCUACGUGUCCCCCACCCGGAUCAACCGGCACGCGCACAUUACUACGGAACCCGUCCUUUCAUUUCAACAUAUAGCAAGCUAUGAUUUUAUAUAUAAAUAUUAUAUAAAUAAUGUAUAAAACAUUAAAAGUUAACUAUGUAAGAUAUUAUUUCUGAAACAAGUUUAGCUAUAUCCACUAUGAUUAUAAAACUGUGUCUCGACCUGUGUUAUUUUUACUUAGGCUGCUUAAAGAAGCAUUGAGUUAAUGUUCUUUUUGUCUGUUUGUUUGUUUGUUUUUUUGUUUUAAUCUCAACUAAAAUGUCAUAGUUCUGUGGUAGCCACUGUUCUACAAUGAGAGAAAUAACUACAACUAGAGAAAAGCUGUAUAAAAACAUUGAACCGUCAGUAUUUUUGUAAGGUUGCAUUUUUGUAAAGAGAAUAAUAUUCAAAGACUUUUGUAGUAUACAAAGUGAAAACUUGUAUCUGCGAAACUAUACUUGUAUGAAGUGUGCUUUUUUAAAUAAAAGCUCAUAACACAACUAA